CUGUUAAAGCGGAAGAAGUUUGUUCGAGCCACAGCGGACUAUGUAACGAAACAACCAAAUCUGCUGUCAUUCAAGAAGGGCGACACGAUCGAAUUGGUAAUUCUUAACAAAUUAAUGGAUACUGUUUGGGCCACAGCAGGAUCGUGGUUGUAUGGGAAGAUUGGCAAUCGAUACGGAAGCCUUCCUGCACAAUAUGUUAUUCCACUCGACGAACACAAUGUUUGUUGUCAAUCGCUCGCAGAUUAUCCAAUCGAUAACGCUGUUUUACAGCGUGAAGUCGAAGAUUUACCGUCGACAUUACCGUUAGUGUACGAUGAUGUCAUGGACGAUGUCGGACAUAUGAAUGGCUCUAAAUACACAAUGCUAGAAUUUGCUCUGAAUCACUUCCGUGGACCGAAGGGAUCUGAUCCGUCGUUGAAGAGAAACAGUAAGUGA